AUGUCCAGGCCUGUACUUUCUGAGUCCACUCGACCCUCUAGACAAUCUUUUCAACACCUUACAGAAUAUGGCCCAAAAAUCAACGGCUACAGAUUUGUCGCCACGAAACCCGAUGAAGUGAUCGAGGAAGAAAUUCUCAAGGAGGAUAAUCCUGAUAAUCGGCACUAUGAGGAUACUCCGAUGUCCGAGAUCCCGGAGUCGAGUUAUACCUAUUCUACCUAUAACGAUCUAUGGAUGAAAAUUACACAAUCAGGAAAACUGCCCGGGUUUAUUCCCCUUCCAGUGGAAACAAAUUCUCCCGAAGAUCUUAAUGACACAAAUGUGGCCCGAUUCAUCGAAUCCAAGACCCGUGCAAAGAAUGAACGAAUCAGAUGGCAUCCUGAUAAGAUGAUUGUGCGUCUACAGAAACUGGGAGUGACAGAUCGCAUCUCACCAGAUUAUAAACGUAUUGUUACAAGGGUUUUCCAGAUAAUUAACCGGGUGUACAAUAACUUGCAUGUAUAA